AUGCUGACCAGUAAGCCAAUUCGCAUGGAGGAAGAGCUGAGGCACAAGACAGCGGUGAACGCUGUUGAUGGCUUGCCGAUACGAUGCAUUGACCAGCGCCACAGCCUGAGGAUGUUGGACAACCCGACCAAUAGAGUAGCCAUUGGUGUCGCCAUGGACCUUCUCUCACCGGCCUCAUCGAACAUCGCAUCACGAUGCUCAGGGCUUGGAAUCUGGUAA